GCCAACAACUACAUUCGCAAGUGGCUGGGCCUUCCCAGAUGUCUUUCCAACACGGCGCUGUUUGGAAGAACCAUCCUGAAGCUGCCACUGAAAUCCAUCAGCUUGGGCUACAAACAGGAGAAGGGCGUAAGUGGAAUGCGACGCAGACAGUAGACCAGGCCAUCGUCCGACUGAAACACCAGGAGAUGGUAGGACAGAUACAGUCUGGCAGAGCCGGCUUCGGAUGGGUAACAGCAUCCAAGAUGUGGUCCAAAGCCUCAAGGAAGGAAAGAAAAGAUCUGGUGAUCUCAGAAGUGGUCAAGAUGGAAGAGGAGAGCUACAUGAUCAAGGCUGUGGGCCAACAGCAGCAAGGGAGAUGGACCAUUUGGGAGGCCGUUGUCAACAGAGUUGUUACGUGGGCAGACAUGUGGAAGAUGCCCCAGGCGAGGCUAAGUUUUCUCAUCAGGGCCACGUACGAUACCCUCCCCAGUCCCAGGAACUUGCAUGUGUGGUAUGGGGCAGAGGUGACCUGCCAGCUCUGUGACUCCCAGAACCCAAGCUUGCAUCACAUUCUUUCUGGCUGCAAGGUAGCUUUGUCGCAGGGCCGGUAUGGAUGGCGGCACGACCGCGUCCUGCGGAAGCUAGCUGAAAUCCUGGAGGCACGCAGAGUGGAAGCAAAUGGGGCCAGUCCAGGAACAGCUCAGCGGUUGAUUAAGUUUGUCAAGCAAGGUGGCCAGCCUCAGAGCAGCAGCAAGAGCAUCCAGUCCCUCCUGUCAGUUGGCGGAGAAUGGAACAUGAAGGCUGAUCUAGAUCGUCAGUUGAAGUUCCCUCAAGAGAUCACAACAACCUUGUUACGCCCAGACAUUGUCCUGUGGUCCACCUCUACUAAAACUGUCAUCAUGGUAGAAUUAACGGUACCAUGGGAAGAGGGAAUGGAGGCUGCCUUUGAAAGAAAGAGGGACGAAUACUUAGAGCUGGCAAGUGAGUGUGCACAAGCAGGAUGGAGGCCCUUCACCUAUCCAGUAGAAGUUGGCUGUAGAGGCUACACUGGAGCGUCCACCCAGCGGCUCCUAAAGUCCCUCGGGAUUAAAGGCUCCAAUCUAAAGAAGGCCCUCAAAGCCCUGGGAGAGGAGGCAGAACAAGGGAGCUUCUGGUUGUGGCUCAGAAGAAACGAUAAGGCGUGGGGAAAGCAAGGCGCGUAGACAGGGGGCAGUAGGGAGACUUCCCUGCUGCCAUGUUAUGGUAUGCGGUCAGGCCCACACUUGACUCAGGGAGAUGGACGUCCCUGCCAUGCAUAGUCCCUUGGGACUCAUUCCAUAUACACAACAGCAAUAAUACCGGGGUUAGAAUGUGGGUACAGUAUGGAUCCUUCAGCUGGCUGCAGGGGGCGGAAGGGAGACGUCCCUGUCGCUGCUCCACCACCCAGAGAUGUUC